AUGAGCGAUUCUGAUGAUAAUCUGGACGACGAUUACCUCGAAAGAAGAAGAGUCGCACUUCAGAAAAAGCGACAACCAGUAAGAGUGUACGAAAGUGAUUCUGAUGACGAUUUCCCUAGUAAAAAAAAGUUAGUUGCCAAGCGUCAACGGGAAAUCGAGGAAUCAAAAGAUUCCGAUGACGACUCUUUUGUGGAAAAGCCCGAUCGCCGCGGAGAGCACCAAAAACACAGGAUUGAAGAUGUCGAAGGAGAAUAUCGGAGGAAAAUCUUCCGAACGGAUACAGUGAUUCAUGUUCAAAACGAAAAAAAUGACGCACUUGGUAAAGCUAUGCGACUUGCUGAGAAGAUGUGCCAUUCGAAAUCAACAGAAAGCCCAGAGAGAGUCAUUGAUCAGCCUGAAGACCCAGCUGACUCGAGCAUUGUAGCGGCUUCAUUUCCAGUCACGGUAACAAUUGUGGAUUGCGUAUCUCGACUUAGCAGUACUGGACUCAUCAAUAAACAUGAUUUGCCACUAACUUCGACUUUCUCCGAAAUUCGCAAUGGACUUGCUGAAAAAUGGAAAUGUCGAGUUGACGAAGUAACACUAACGUAUAACGGAAAAGUAAUAGGAGAUUCUGAGACACUAAGAGACAUAGGAAUGAGUCCAUUGCAAAUGCCUCAGCCCAAAGUCGAAGCCUUCAAAGAAGAAAAGAAGGCUCCAGAAGUUUUUACCGUAGAAGGUACACCAGAUCACAUAACAAUCAAAGCACAACUUAAAGAUCGGAAAAAGCCAAUUCAUAUUGAAGUGUUAAAAGAAACGACAGUAGAGGAAAUGAUGCAGAAAGUGAUCAAUGUCCUUUCUGAAGGUGGCGAAAAAUGUAUUCCCACUAUCGAAACAAUGAAAGUUAUGUUUGACGACGAAUAUUGCAUCAAUACCCAGACAUGCGAAGAGUUAGGCUUGGAGGAAGCUGAUUGUAUUGAUAUCUACUGUUAG